AAUUUAUGAUGGGGGGAAGCUAUGUUGAAGAUGAUUGGGAGUUAGCGUCGUCCGGAUCAGCUAGCGAGGUUCAGAUUUCAGCUAAUGAAGCUCGGACAGUGGUGUUGGUUGGACGUACUGGCAAUGGGAAGAGUGCAACUGGUAAUAGUAUUCUUGGGAAAAAGGUUUUUAAGUCGAGGGCUAGCUCGUCCGGUGUCACUUCCUCUUGUGAAAUGCAGACAGCUGAGCUGAGUGAUGGACAUAUUAUCAAUGUUAUCGACACUCCUGGAUUAUUUGAAGUCUCUGCUGGAUCUGAGUUUAUUGGGAAAGAAAUAGUCAAGUGCAUUGACUUUGCCAAGGAUGGUAUUCAUGCCAUCCUUGUGGUGUUAUCUGUCAGAUCACGAUUUAGCGAGGAAGAAGAAAAUGCUCUGUGCAGCUUGCAGACAUUAUUUGGAAGCAAGAUUUUUGACUAUAUGAUCGUGGUCUUCACGGGAGGGGAUGUAUUAGAAAAUGAUGGAGAUACACUCGACGAUUAUUUACGCGGUGAAUGUCCAAAGUCUUUGAAGCAAAUCCUCUCUUUGUGUGGGAAUCGCCGUGUUCUCUUUGACAACAAGACUUGGGACCAAAAGAAGCGAUCUGGGCAAGUUCGACAACUUCUAUCGUUUGUAAGCUUGAUAGUAUCGCAGAAUGGUGGGCAACCCUAUACACAUGAGUUAUUUGCAGAACUAAAGAAAGGAGCAAUGAAACUAGAUAGCGACCAAAGAAUGGUUGAUUCCUUGGAACUGGAAGGAUAUUCAGAAGGAAAAAUAUCAGAGCUUAAAAAGCAUAUGAAGCAGGCAUAUGAGGAUCAGCUAAAACAUAUUACUGAGAUGAUUGAGUCAAAGUUGAAGGAGGCAACUACAACGCUGGAGAAACGACUGGAAGAAGAGCAAGUUGCAAGAUUAAAAGCAGAAGAAAAUGCAAAGUUGGCUCAAGAGAAAUCAGCCGAUGAAAUACGAGAACUAAGGAAGCAUCUUAAGGAGGCGCAAGAAGAACUCCGCAAGCGAGGUGGUCAGGGUUGUGCUAUUCUAUGA